UUUUAAAGCACAGUGGUGGGUAAUAAGUGGAGGAGAAGAAUGUUUCUGUCUCUUCCUACACUGACUGUUCUUAUUCCACUGGUCUCUUUAGCAGGACAACUCCACUCAGCCUCUGUGGAAGAAGACUUCCCACGUGGCUGCACUAGCACAGCCAGUCUUUGCUUUGACAGUCUGCUCCUGCCAAUCACCAUACUGGUGUACCUGUCCUUUCACCUUUGGACUUGGAUGGGUAUUAAACUCUUCUGGCAUAAUUAA